GUAAUCACUUGGCCCCGGGAAAUUGUUGGAGAAGUAUAAAAGCGCCACGCUGCCACCCAGACAACAUCAUACCAUCACUUACAACAAUCAAGAACACAACAGCAGGAGCUGCAGCAACAGAAAACUGCAAACAACAAAAUUACCAGCAUGGCCAGGUUUUACACAAUCAUUGCAAUUAUUGCCGUUUCGUUGGCUCUAGUGGCGGCUGGGCCAGCUCAGCGUAGACAAAGUAAACGUACAGGAGCUUUGAGGGUGCAAUCAGUACGUAAAUCGGCACGCCAAGAGGUGGCCCCCACUCCUGCCGCUCCCUAUCCCCCAGCGGGAGUUACUCCUGAAAUUCCCUUCGAUUUGCCCACCGAAACUGAGAAACCUUUCGCUGAACCCGAUCAGACCUAUGGACCUCCGGAAGCCAUUCCCGAUGAAACCUAUGGUCCCCCAGAAGCUGUCCCCGAUGAAACCUAUGGUCCUCCCGAAGAAGCUACUCCUGACCAAACCUAUGGACCUCCGGAUGCAACAGCUGCCGAUGAGCCUGCCAUCACUGAACCCGAUAGCACCUACGGCCCUCCUGAAGCCGCCGAUGCUGAUGACCAGCCAGCCAUUGUAGAGCCCGAAGCUGAGGAGUUGCAAAAUCUAAUCCAACCCCGCCGAAAGCUGUCACCCAGUCGUGGCCGUUCAUCUGCCUUGCGAGUACGCCCCGCUCCAAUUCAACGUAGAGGACGCAUUGUAGAGAUUGUACGUGCAGAGCCGGUUCUCGUUUACACUUUGCAUUAAGAGAAGUGUUUCAGGCGUUAGUUUCGGCUAGCGUAAAAUUGUAGAACCAAAUAGGCAUAUGUAUGAUUAAUUGCUUGCGUGUGUCCCCCACUACCUAGAGAGACUAUGUAACAAAAUGUUCUUUACCAUUUUGAAGGGUAGCGUAUAUGUAACUGUUAAGUUUGCCACUGAGUGUUUGUGUUUUGUUGAUUUUUAUAUAAAUAAAAGAUAUUUAGCAAAUUCUA